GAUGUUUGAAUUUCCCAGUGGUAUGUAGUUGCAUGUGACCGUUCAGACCAGCAGGAAGAAGGUUCCACUAUAAUUAUGACUAGUGGACGAAGGCUUCUCAUUUCAUUAUCAAUUAUCCUUGUUGGGAAUGAGGUUGCUGGGAGAACUUUGCAAGACCGUGGCGGGUACGAUCUGAGUAAUGGUCCAGUCACGUACGAGGCAUAUUACCCCGAGGAUGCUCCUCAAGCUCGUCAGCCUCUCGAAAAAUCUUAUCAAACAUCUUACGAGGGUUAUUUAGAGGCCUCAGAUCGCCAUCAACAGUCCCCCCAAGAUGACAUUACCCCCUGGAGGCAUUACCCUCCGGCAUAUGUCAAUCAAUACCGUCGGCAACAGCCAUCUCACACCGAGCUCGAGGACGCUCUCAAGACCCUGAUUGACGCCAUCAGGGACGAGAGAAUAGCUCGUCCAGCCAUAACUGAGCUAUACAUUAAGGAGCCAUCAAAUACCCAGAAAAUCGAUGAUGAUGAGGUCGACAGUAUUUUUAAACCCCGACCACAAGUCAUCAACUAUGUUUUCAGCGGUGGCGAGGGGCAGGGGGAUUCUUUUAACAAGAGGGGGGUUGGACAGAGGGAUGAGGUUCCCCAGGUGGCGGCUAUUGAAGUGAGCGAAAAGCCUCAUAAGAUUCGGCAUCACCAUGGCGAGAAGUUACGGCGCAAUCGAGUGGCGGAGGCUUAAGCGGGUGGAACUUUAAAAGUCGAGGGUCUAAGGGAAAGUUUCACGAGGGAUUUGGGGAAUUAUAUAUUUUUUUUUGUAAUAUCUUGAAAUUUUUACGAUUCUUCGAGGAAUAUCCUGGAAAAUUUCUACUCGAAAAAUCGUUCCCCAGAAAACUUUUAUUUUCAAAGUCUUCAAAUGAAAAUUUACUUCAAAGAAAAAUAAAUAUUUUAAUUGGGCUGUGAGUGAGAAUUUAAUGGUCGCUUCGGACUGUUCAUGCUAUGGAGGGAGAACAUUUUCGUGAAAUUUAUUUACCGAGUGGAAAUGCGCUUAUUAUCCAGAAAGUAUUGGCCAAUUAAUGGAUUCAUUUGGAAAUUCCUCUCGAUACAUUCUGAUGAAUCAGUUACAAGAGCAAUUAGGAAACAAUGGAGGCAAAUUUAAUUGAUUGGAACGCAAUAAUUUCAAUUCUCAACAAUUAUUUAUUGGACAGAAAUCAUCAAAUUGUCUUACGAUAAUCUAUUAAUUAAACAUUGAAACACAUUAUUAUUUAUUCAUCUAUACACAAUUUACAUUGAUUUUUCUACACGGAGGCCUCGUUGAGUUGCAUCGUUAAUUGAAAUAUUCAAGGUACUAAUAUAUUCACGCGCUCUAUUUACACAUAAUACUCGAUUAUAGGGAACAUGAGAGAUUUCCAAGGUGUCGAAAAUACUGGAGGCCCCCACAAUGACUUAAUCUAGAAACUUAAGCUAAAACAGUUUCUUCGGAAAAUAUUUGAAAGUAUAAUCAACAGUGAUUCAUUUUAAUUAAUUUUUUAUAAAAUAAAAAUAAAUAGAGUUUUAUCUAUCAAAAUAAUUUAUUUCACAUCAAAAAUAUCGCUAAUUGGUUUUGUCAAUUAUUUUUUAUAACAGGAAAAUCGUGGUGAAGUGGGGAAACACAACGAAACAAUUUAAUGGUUGAUUUGCAUUCAAUGUCCAAUUACUUCGGUACCAAGUGAUUUUACGAGCAAAUGGCACAAGACAUUCUUUGUAGAGAAGUUUCUGAGCCCCAUAAAAGUUUCACGGCAUUUUUUCCUAAAGCGACUCCUCGCAGCAGUGAUCAUGAAUUUAUAAAGAAUAAAAAAUAAAUUUUCUUAUGACUCGCCACUUCACACGAGAAAAAAACAUUAUAAGCUGCCUAUUAUUGAACUACAUUCGACUUAAGAUACGAAGGAGGUCUUCGAAAUGAUAAUUAAGAGUACAUGAUUUUAAUUGAUGUCGUCCUUUCUUUUGCAAAACAAAAACCAAAUGAAUUUUGUAUCCUUCAAGAUAGAUUACUUCAAAGAUGUUCUGAAUUGAUUUCAUUAAAUUUUCCUUGUGGAAAAGGAAAUGCGCGGUCAAAUGGUGAAAGAGAAAAAAAAUUUCGUCAUUUAUUUGUUUUCAAAAAUCAUAAUAAACUCGAUAUGAUUGAAAUACCCUUAA